AUGAAUGGUCUCCAAUCGCUGUGGAUCUGCGCCCUAGCAGUCAUCAGCUAUGGACUGGCCGAAGCCAAAUCCACGAUACACGAAUCCUCGCCCCUGGUCAGCGAAAUUGAACACGCCUCGAAUCAAUCUCUACUAUGGGGCCCCUACCGUCCCAAUCUCUAUUUUGGCGUUCGCCCACGAAUACCAAAAAGCCUGAUGAUGGGCCUGAUGUGGGCGAAGGUGGACAACUUCGGAACAGCGCAAGGCAAUUUUAGGCAUACUUGCGAGCAAAACGAAGGGAUGGCAGGCUACGGCUGGGAGGAGUACGACAUCCGGAACGGGGGACGCCAAACUAUUCACGAUGCUGGCAAUACGCUUGAUCUAACGAUAGAUUUUAUAAAGGUUCCCGGUGGCAAUCAUGGUGGAAGCUGGGCAGCCCGCAUCAAGGGCAACCCGCGCCGGGAUGCUCCACCCAACCAGCCCACAACUCUUAUAUUUUACACAACUAUGGAGGGUUUGGGAGAGCUGGGGGUUGGUAAUGAAAUAGACCCUCUCGGAUUUCAAGGAGACGUGAAAUUAUUUGGCAGUACCGUGGACCUGGGAGAAUUUACAAUAGACAUCACCCGAGGCCCUGAUACUAAUCGCUAUCCGCAGAAAAUUCAUCCAAGCUAUGAUGAAAAACCUAUGGAUAGGACAUUUGUGGCUAGCUUUCAGCUUGAAUCUGAAUUAUUGUGGCAGGCAAAAGAAAUUCUUUUUACGCAUCUGAAGCAGGAGGUCGAGCCUCUGUUCCAGAAGUACGGGACAGAGAAUCCACCUCCACCAAGCAGUGUUUUUACAAUUGCCAACAAACCAGCACACGGCAACUUUCACCUUAUUCAAAAGACCUUCGAAGGCCCCUUUGAGUUUGAUAUACUGUUUUCAUCCGCUUCUGCAAGUGAGCCAGUAACCUCCGACGGGUUGAGUAAGGGAAUUAAGAGUGUAUCCCAGUCAUUUACAGAGAGAUUCCAAACGAUAUAUUCCCCGGCAAAACCUUUCGGGGCCUCCAAAUACAUGGCCUUCUCAAAGGCGAUGCUAUCAAAUUUGGUUGGCGGUAUUGGGUAUUUUCAUGGAGAUUCAAUUGUUGACCGUUCCAAUGCUCCAGAAUACGAAGAGGAAAACGAAGGCUUCUGGGAAGAAGCAGCAGAGGCUAGGGCAAAAGUAGAGCCGACUCUGGAACGCCCUUCUGAGCUUUUUACUUCUAUUCCGUCGCGACCAUUCUUUCCUCGCGGAUUUCUUUGGGAUGAAGGCUUUCAUCUUAUGCCGAUCAUCGAUUGGGACCUUGACCUCAGCUUGCAAAUUGUGGAGAGUUGGUUCAAGUUAAUGGAUGACGAUGGAUGGAUUGCUCGUGAACAGAUCUUGGGGCCCGAAGCUCGUAGCAAAGUCCCUGCCGAAUUUCAAGUUCAGUAUCCGCACUACGCCAACCCGCCAACUUUGUUUAUGAUUUUAGACGAGCUUUCGGACAAGAUGAAAGCAAGCGCUGUCGACCCUGGAGAUAUUAGGUCAUUAUACUUGAAAAAUCCAGAGGCUGUUGAAUCUUACUUGCGCUCGAUAUACCCAUUGCUUAAACGACAAUAUUUUUGGUUUAAGAAGACACAGUGGGGUGAUAUAAAAUCAUACGAUCGCGAAGCCUUUUCGAUGAAAGAAGGAUACCGGUGGAGGGGCCGCACCGUCGAACAUAUUCUCACCUCAGGCCUUGAUGACUACCCGCGGGCCCAGCCCCCUCAUCCAGGAGAGCUACAUGUGGAUCUUAUCAGUUGGAUGGGACUAAUGACACGGUCCUUGCGACGCAUUGCUCACGCCUUGGGUGAACAAGAAGACGUGGAAGAACUCGGCCAGUAUGAAAACGCUAUUAAGAGGAAUAUUGACGAUCUUCAUUGGGACGAAGCAACCAAGACAUAUUGCGAUGCUACCGUUGAUGAGUUUGAAGAAAGCGUGCAUGUCUGCCAUAAAGGUUACAUAUCCAUUUCCCCCUUUUGGACAGGAAUGCUAGCGCCGGAUGACCGGCACUUAAAACAUACUUUGGAUUUAAUCUCUGACCCAGAGGAGCUGUGGAGUGAUUAUGGCAUUAGAAGCCUUAGCAAAAAGGACGAAUUCUACGGCACCGGCGAGAAUUACUGGAGGAGCCCGAUCUGGAUCAACAUCAACUACUUAAUCCUUAAAAACUUGCUUAGAAUCGCAAACGUCUCAGGCCUACACCAGAAGCAGGCUGGUGACAUGUAUACAAAGCUACGGAGAAAUUUGGUAGAAAACGUGUUCAAUGAAUGGGAACGAACGGGAUUUGCUUGGGAACAGUAUAACCCAGAAUCCGGCCAUGGCCAACGAACUCAGCACUUUACAGGAUGGACUAGCCUUGUUGUCAAGAUAAUGGUGAUGCCAGAGAUUCCGAAUGUUGUAGGAAACCUGCGGGACGAGCUGUAA